AUGAAGGAAUCAGGUUCUGCGCAUAAAAUCAUUUCUGUUCUUCUCCGUCUUUCGGAAUUUGCCUCGGCUGUAAUUGUUCUGGGGCUUCUUUCGCGUUUCUGUUACUACAUCGGCAUUGCGCAAGCGAGUGUCGAUGGCCGCAUCAUCUAUGCCAUUGUUGUCGCGUGUCUCGGUAUCAUCUACUCUAUUUUCUUCUGUCCUCCAUUCAGAAACAUGUUUUUGGGCUUUCCCUUUGACUUUUUGCUGUUUGUGAUGUGGCUCAUUGCAUACUGCUUGCUUCAAACGGUACUGUGUUCUCUGGUACUUUUCGAAGAAGAUUUCCUGCUAAUCAUCUACAUCGUUCGACAUGUACAGAAAACGGGUGGUUCAACUUGCUCUGCGCGCUGGUAUUACAACUACUGGGGCUACUACUGGGGCCGUUUCUACCGAGUCGGGCCUAUCGGGACAGUUUCCAUUGAUGGAGCUGGUUGCUCCCAGUGGCGGACGGUGCUGGCCUUUUCCUUCAUCGCCUGGUUCCUCCAUUUGUUGAGCGGAAUUCUUGGAGUAUAUGUUUUCCGUACGUAUAUCAAACUCGACGAGACCAAACGCGAUAUCAAGCAUCAUGCGGAAAAACUCACAAAGCCUGAUCCUCGAGCAAACGGAUACAAUCAAAAUGUUGAAGAGAGAAAUAGUACCGCAGAGACUGUCUAG